GAGCGACCGGUUUGCUGACGGUCGCGAGCUGGGCUCGAGCGCCUGGUUUUUGAACUGGAUGACGUUAUUUCCGUUAGCCGGCGGUUUCCCGCCCCCCGUUAGAGCGGCGUCGGCUGGAGGAGAAGGAGGGGGUGGCGUGCAGGGCCCGCUGUCGGCCGCGGGGAGGAAGGAAGGAAGGAAGGAGGGAGGGAGGCCUCCGUCGUGGAGUGUGUUCGUGAGGCUCUCUUUGUGACAGAUACCAACCCGAACCCCGCGGGGGGAGAGGAAAGCUCGACGCCACCGUAAUCCAUCCCCAAGAGGAGCCCGAAACCGACAUUAACUCUCUCUCUCUCUCUCUCUCUCCCCUCCAAUCCAACCCGCAAACAACAUGGAUAACAAGGCGUUUGCAAUUGUUCUGGAUGAAGUCAGGAAGGGUGUUCUGACUGAGCAUAAACUAAAGGCUGUUGAAUAUGUACAUGGAUAUUUCUCAAGUGAACAGGUAGCUGAACUCCUGAAGUAUUUUUCUUGGGCAGAGCCUCAGUUGAAAGCACUUAAAGCUCUACAGCAUAAAAUGGUAGCUAUCCACGUUUCUAAAGUAAUAAGUAUCCUCAAUUGCCUCACGUUCAGUAAAGAUAGACUCAUUGCCUUGGAGCUAAUAGCAUUGAAUAUCAUUGAUCCUCAUAAUUAUCGUCCCAUUGAAGAUAUGUUCCGUGUAUAUUUACCAGAAAAGAAGCGAUGCAAACGAAUUCUUGAUCAGGCUUCCAAGGUUGGCUGUAAGGCUCCUCUUGCCAUGAUAACAUCAUGUGGAAUGAUCCCAGGAAAUCCCUACCCAAAGGGUAAACCCAGUGUAUUAAAUGGAUUGUUAGCUGUUCUUUCGGUUAAAAAAGAAAAUGAAGAUGCCUACAGUGGUGGCAAAGGGAUUGCAACCUGCAUCCUUGGACCUUCUAAACCAGCUCCAAAAUCAUACAAUCCUCAUAAACCUGUCCCUUACCCUAUACCUCCCUGCCAGCCACAUGCAACUAUUGCACCAAGUGCAUAUAACAAUGCUGGUCUGGUCCCAAUGGGAGGUUACAUGGCUUCUGCUGUACCACCACCUUCCUAUGCUCCUCAACAAGCUUAUUCCAGACCUCCCAGCCAACUGGGUUACAACUCACCUGCUCCAAAUUUACAUUCAGCUCCAUUCUCGCCACACGGCUCCUACCCAUCAGCUCCUUCAACACCUGCCGCAGCCCCUACACAAUCACCAGUCAAUCCUAUGGCUUUUCCUUCUGCACCAAAUACUCCAGUCUUUUCGAGGCUUGGCACAUCCACUCCAGUACCGUCUGUUUUCUCAGCUCAUCCUUCUUCAACCACACCUUCUGGCACCCCUGCACCCCCUCCCUACCCUGGAUGCCAGACCCCUACAAGCAUGGCAUCAAUGGUACACCAUGUAUCGCAGCCUCAUGGCGAUGUAACAUCAGGAAAUAUGGGCACAGUCACUCCAGGGUUUAGCAAUGCGAACUGUAGCCCUGUUAUGAUACAACACACUGGUUCAACUUCAGGCUAUCAGCAAUGUCCCACGUCUGGCACAUCUUCAUCAGUGACCACCUCCUUUCCAAGUCUUGUAUCUUUCCCAGGAAUAUCCAUGUUUACCCAGAAUCAGUCCAUAUCUCCCGCAUCUCUACCUGCACUGCAAGCUGGAAUGACAUCCUCAAAUCUACAUGGAAUUCAGUCUGUUGCAAAUGCUGUAACUUUGGGUGGAAUUCAAUCUUCUGGGGCUAAUGCAUCUUUGUCUGCAAUGCAGACUGGAAUGAGUGCUACAACUCUGCCUGGACUUCAACCCAUUGCAACUGCUGGAACAUUAGCUGGACUUCAAUCUUCAGAGGCUGCUGCAACUUUGGCUAGACUUCAAUCGUCAGAGGCUGCUGCAACUUUGGCUAGACUUCAAUCAUCAGAGGCUGCUGCAACUUUGGCUAGACUUCAAUCGUCAGAGGCUGCUGCAACAUUGGCUAGACUUCAAUCUUCAGAGGCUGCUGCAACAUUGAUUAGACUUCAGUCUUCUGGAGCCACUGCAUCUCUGUCUGCACUUCAGGCUGGAAUGACCGUUUCAAACCUGCCUGGUCUUCAGUCUCUUGUAACUGCUGGAACAUUAGCUGGGUUUCAGUCUUCAGAAGCGGCUGCAACAUUGGCCAGACUUCAGUCUUCAGAGGCUGCUACAAUGGCUAGAUUUCAGUCGUCAGAGGCUGCUGUAGCAUUGGCCAGACUUCAGUCUUCUGAAGGGGCCACUGUGUCUCUGUCUGCACUUCAGGCUGGCAUGAUUGCUGCAUCAAUGUCUGGAUUUCAGUCAGUUUCCUCUGUUUCUGGACUCCAGUCUGUUGCUGCUUCUCUUGUCCAGUCUGCUGCAGAUACUUCCCCUCUCUCUCAGCUCCAAUCUAAUGGGGGAAAUGCAGAAUCACUUGCUGGAAUUCAGUCAGCUCCUGGUGCAGGCCCUCAUGUUGGAGGUCAGUCUGCUGCUGUAGCUUCUUUCGCUGAAUCCCAGUCAGUUGCUGGAGCCUCUCUGACUGCAGCCCAGCCUGUUGCUGCAUCACUUCAAGCUGAUCCCCAGCCUGCUACUGGAACCCUUCUGGCUGAUACUGAGUCUGUUACUGGAGCCCAGUCUGCUGCUGGAGCCCAAUCUGCUGCUAUUUCUCUCACUGGAUUGCAGUCUCCUGGGUCUUUUUCUGGGCUUCAUUCUGUUGCCUCUUUACCUGUGAUGCAGUCUACUACAGCUGCUGGAUCCCUUUCUAGUUUCCAGUCUGCUGUGGCUGCUUCGUCUCUGCCUGGUCUGGAGUCUGCCAUGGCUGCUGCUUCGUCUCUGCCUGUUCUUCAAUCUGCUUUAGGUGCUGCCUCUUUACCUGGACUUCAGUCUGCAGUGGGUAGUCCGUCACUCCCUGGUCUCCAGCCCACUGUGAGUACGGCUUCAUUUUCUGGUCUCCAGUCAACUGCAGGUACCACCUCUCUGCCUGGCCUGCAGUCUGCUAUGGGCACUGUGUCUCUUCCUGGUCUCCAAUCUGCUGUGGGUCCUUCAUCUUUACCAGGCUUUCAGACCACCAUUGGUGCAGCAUCUCUAUCUGGAUUGCAGUCUUCUGUAGCUGUACAGUCAGCAUUACUACAGGCACAUUCGGCUGCAACUAUGGACAGUUUUCCAGCUCAGGGCAAUGGUUUUGCAUGCUAUCCAGCUGCACCAGGAACCCCAUAUUCCCUGCAACCUGGCUUACCUUCUCAACUGGGAUGGCAGUGAAUAACAAACCACAUUUAUGGGCAUCUACAAAGCUUGAGAAAUGAAGCUGACUCAGUGAAUUUACCUAGUUCUUUGAUUGAUCAUUCAGCAACAACAACUUGCAUUUAUAUAGCACCCUUCACGCAGGCUAGCGUCCCGGAGCACUAUGGACAGUACAUGUUGGUGAAUUAAUCGAUACCUAUUUCUCUGGUAAAGAAAGUCCAAAGAUAAGGAAUUGAGAGUGAAACAAUCUUGCAUUUGUAAUGCUGGAUAACUUGUUCUGCCAUAAUGGUCCUUUUCAGUAAACUAGUGAGCAGGUUAGACAAGAGCAUGGGAAUCCACGGGUGUAUGCAUAUCUGUGGAUUCCCAUAUUCUUCUUCUAUUGUAUGGAGUAUUAACUGUAUUUUCAUUUAUUUUCAGCUUGUUACUUUGCUUUUAUCGCUAUACUUUACUCUUAUUUGUUCUUAGCACUGUUGCUAGUACUUAUUUUUUCUAGUUAUGGAAGGGUUAAAGUUGGAGUCUGAAUCUUAGUAAAUGUAAAGACACUCAGUAUCUGCCCAGCAUGGUCACAUCCAGGCCCUAGAGAUGGUUCAGGAGAAAGCAAGAAUGUUGAUCCCCAAGUUUUCCCACAAAAUAUAUAGUCAAUCCACUUUACAGUAUAU